AGCUAGUACACUAUACUCCAUGCCGUUCUCACAGUCACACUUAGGGCUCCCUCCCCUUCCUCCGCCACCGCGUAGGGUUCCUCGAAGGCGACGCGGCGCAGGAGGUGGGACUGCGGGAGGAGGCAGCCGAUAGGGAAAGCUCAAGGGGAGGUUGGGGGCCGCCAGGUGCUGGGACAAAGGGACGGCCGGGAGCCUGACGAGGGGACAGAGAUACUACGAAGAGGCAACUCCCCAGCUCCUCCUCCCCUUCCUCCCCCCGCUGGUGCCGGAAGUGCAGAUCCAUCCGGAUUUGGACUGAUUUCGUCUUUUGUUGGUUCGUGGACUUUUGUUGCGACUUACGAACAAACAUGGAGAAUCAGUACCAGUGAUCUCAAUCGAAAUAUGGAGCCAGCCAAACUUAUUGAGGGGUACAAGUUUGGUGACCAUACUACAUGUGAUGUCCGUGUUUGCUUUAAAUUGAUCGAUGAGCAGCCAGAAUGGUUUUCCUGCCACUCGCCUGUCCUUUCCCAAAGUAGCAAAUAUUUUUCAGACCGGCUUGGUCAAAUUGAUAUUUGUUCUAAUAGUUGCAUUGAAAUUGAGUGCCCAAGAGUUGAGUAUGACCAUUAUGUCAAGGUGUUGAAGUUAAUGUAUCUUCCUGGAGAAUCAAUUAUAGAUUCAUUUGAUUCUGUUAAGUCAGCUGUUGGUGUUCUUCGAGCAUCAAAUUCUCUUGGAUGCGAGUUAAUUACAAAAAGCUGUAUUGAAUACAUUGAAGCUGCUUCCUGGGAUGAAAGUGAGGAGGAGGAGAUUUUAGAAGUAGCUCGGUGCCUUGGCUCGGAAGCAGCGUCUUUGUUAGCCCGUCUUCAAGCCCCCAGUGCAGAUGCUGUUAAGAAUGUCUUCAUCUCUGCCAUACGUUUUGCUACAUGCAUGGAAACUCCAUUCCAUCCUUUUUUGGAUGACCUCAAGACUUCGGCUCAGGAGCAAAUUGACUUCAUGAUCCAUGAGGACGAUGACACCGCUUUGAUUACAAUGGAUGAAGAUGUGAGAUCUGUGGUGGGGGAAGGCUUGACAAAACUGUUAUGUGCACUUAGGACUGGAUUAGAUCGGUUGGCCACGGAGUUUGAUCAAUCACCUGAUCAAGCAGAGCAAAGGGUUCUGUGUAGCCUAGCUGACAUCGACUGGAUAGCUAAUUUCUUGACAAAGAUUGAGAUGAUGCACAACUUUGUUUCUGCCUGGUCAGAAAUCUCAGCCCAUGUUCUUUCAGUGAUUCAGGACAAGAAGUAUAGCUCAGGCUUGUGGGCUGUCAGGGCAAAGCUUAUAGAAGUGACUGGAAAAGCCCUGGAUGCUGUUGGCUAUGGCUCAGUGGUUCUCCCAACACCAUCCAGAGUUCAUUUCCUGAAGACAUGGCUUCCGUACAUUCAAAUGACAAAGCUCUUGCUUGAUGGAAAGACUAAGGAUGAGGCGUCUCUGCUGAUGGAUUCAGACUUGUGUCAGAAUAUUGAGAGCGCAAUAGUCUCAAUGGUGUUGGCAUUGCCAUCAGAUGAUCAGGCCGAUAUCCUGGAGGAGUGGAUGAAGAAAGCAGAGCAGUUCAGGUACCCUGAUCUGACUGAGGCAUUUGAGGUGUGGUGUUACCGCAGUAAAACAGCAAAGAGAAGGCUGGUGGGAGGGCUAAAUGGAGCUGGCAACCCCACAGUCAGCUUUUAAGGCUAUUAUUAGUUUAAUCUUUUUGUUGUAGUCUAUAAGUCAGCUAAAUUAGGGGUUGGUACCAAGUAUAUACCAACUAAUUUCUCAUUGUUGUAUGUUGUAAAAUAACUGCUCGUGUUUAAUAAAAUUCAGUUUUAUUUCA